AUGGCCGCCUCCGUUCCCCUGACAAGAACUACAGCUACUUGACCUCAGGAGAACCGACGGCGUCCUUACACAAGAUUAUACGCAGGGCACGUGAUGCCAGCGCGCUCUCUCAUUUGUUCUCAGUACUCAGUCACGUGGUACAGACUCAGCGGAGGUUCUGUGGCGGAGUCGUGGUUUCCAAGGAGACGUUUGCAGAGAAAGUGGAGGAGGAGCCGGUCCGUUUUCUUUGAGGGGAAUGACCUGUGAAUGAUGGAUUCAAGAGAAAACAAUUCUCUCAUGUCUGGAUUGUAUAACAUCUGAAAUAUGAAUGUGGGAUUUUUGUGCAAAUCACCAUGGCUAACCCACAGUCGAGCUGGCUGAAGCCAUGCUGUGGCAAGAGGGCUACAGUGUGGCAUGUAUUUCUGCUAAGUGCAGGAGUGAAUAGCUUUCUGGUGGCUUGUGUGAUCAUAGUGGUAAUCCUCAUGACUAUGGAGCACUUGAUAGACACAAAGCUACUUCAAUUUUCAAAUGCUUCACAGUGUUCAGGGAUCAUUCACUGGAUUAGCCUCUCCAUUCUAUCCUUGUUUUUUGUAGAGACGGUAAUAAGAAUCAUUGUUCUGGGCAUCUGGGAUUAUAUUGAAAACAAAGUUGAGGUAUUGGAUGGAGCUGUAAUUAUUCUCUCACUUGCUCCCAUGGUGGCAUCUACAGUAGCCAAUGGACCAAGUAGUCCAUGGGAUGCCAUCAGUCUACUUAUUUCUUUGAGGAUAUGGAGAGUGAAGAGAAUUAUUGAUGCUUAUGUACUACCUGUAAAAGUAGAGAUGGAGAUCGUGGUGCAACAAUAUGAGAAAACCAAGCUAAUUCAGGAGGAGCAGUUGGAAAGACUGACACAGAUGUGCCAAGAGCAGGCGUUUGAAAUUAGGCAGCUGAGAGCUCACCUUGCACAGCAAGAUUUGGAUCUAGUUGCUGAGAGGGAAAGAGCCUUAAAACUCCCACAUGAGCGUCAUAAAAAAGAUGACCGAUUCAAGGUAUAUGGAGGCAGAGAGUCUGACGAGGAAGCAACAGAAAAUAUCACAGAGCUUUCACACGAAGUGAUUAUGAAGGAUGACAUGAACAAUUACAUUACCCAGUAUUAUAAUGAAGCCAGUAGUGAGAGUGGUGUUCCUGGGACAUGUAUAAUCACUACAGCAGCUAUUGAUGUCCAUCAUCACCCCAACAUAUCAUCUGACCUAUACUCAGCCGAAAUCCCGUUCAAUGCAGAACAGGUCAGCAACUCAAGCAGUAUUACCUCAGUCAGUGUAUCAAGAUCUCCAGAGAGCUCAGAAACACUAGCACAGAGUAUUAGCAGCCAAGUAUUUUGCUCCUCCACAGACUGCAGUACCAGAGAGGAAUCCACAGAAUACUCUCCUCUGGCUCAGCCCAUCAAAAACAGAGUGAAUAAAACAGUUGUACAGGAACUGUUGUCUUCCCUUUCUGACGACUCGUCCUUCAUUCAGAAAGGGCUGGAUCCAGCCAAUUUACACCUCAGCAAUCCUGUAGGUUUACGCACAGGAAGUCCUAGACAUGGGCUAAACAUCUACAACAGGGUAAAUCGAGAGGGCUUAGGAGUCUUUCAUGACAGGUCAGUCAUCCCACUCAAUCUCUCUCUCCUAGAGAAUAAGCCUAUAGAUACAGAGUUAAAAUAAAGCAGAGCCUUAGAUUAAUACCUCCUCAGUGGAAUACACAGCAUUAGAUUCUUACAAGCCAAUCGCCGUUCCUGGUGCUAUAAAGGCUAGUAGAUUUAUCUGCAUUGUUCAGAGCUAAACAUGACUUCUUAUCCAGAGAUCAUCCAGUCCAAUUGGAUUCCGGUGAAUGUGAUACUGUAUUUAAGCCAAAUGGAGUUCAUUAUUCUCAGGAGAUGUAAGAAAUUCCUAAAUACCAAUGUGCUGCUGGACCUCACACUAGAGUUUACAAGAAUAAUUCAUUAAUGCAUGCAUUUGUGGACAAUGAACUUUGGGACAUUAAUACCCUGGACACAAAGUACCCAGAUAUAUCUGGUGAGCAGGUAUGACCACAUAGCUGCAAUAUUUCCUUAAACCGUAGCUACAGAUUUUGUACAAAUUCUGCAAUAUUUUUUAAUGCACACAAAGUUUUGGGAAAUCCAAGUAAUAAAAUAUCCUGUACAAGUACAUACAUAGUCAUGUUUUUUUUAUACAUAAUUAUGUCCUUAUACAGUCAUGCCAAAA